AUGCCUGCCGGCCGAACCCCGAAUGAGUAUACAAGCUACUACAUCGUUUACUCGAUGGCAGGCAGAAAGGGUAACAGGGGUCGGUUUUAUCAAGCCGAACCGCUUGGUGCCGGUGCCGGUGCCUGUGAGGAAGUCAAGUACAAAAAGGGCUACCGACUUUUUGGGGAGGAAAAUUCUUGGGUUUGCUUCAGUUGGGCUAAGUGGGCAAGGCUUGUAGCGAGCGGGCGAGCGAAAAACAGAGUUAUAGAUGAUGAUGACGGCGUGAAGUGGUGGAGUGAAGUGGUGAAGGAAGUAAAGAAAAUAACUGAAACAACGUUUGAAUCGAGUCCCUUAGAUAGACAAAGUGAUGGCGCCAUCGGUACGACGAUGGUAGGUCUCUCGUACCUCGUAGAUGCAAAUCUCACUAUGAGGAGGUGGGAGAUGGGAGGUGGGAGGGAGGUUUGUCGCCCUCGAGCUUCGCCAUCGACGGACGGGACGUGGAAAACACGGGAAGGAAGCUUUAAUUUACUUAUCUUCCGUCUUUCGGUUCCGCGCUGGAAGAUGGAGUGA